CCAAGGAUAAAAUAAAUGGAAAUACAAUUGCUGGUAUCAGUUACCUCCAGCAAUCAUAAUUCGCUACUUCCAAAUCUCAGAGUGAUGUCUCUGAUUUCAUCCCUGUUCUUGAGGCCGGGCAUGCUAUUGCCAAGACGCUACUCCGCCAGAGCUCCGUGGUUGCUCCGUUCCUCAAGCUAGUUUCAAGGCCGCCUCCCUCCCUAAUCCGGGGAAUACUGUGCCUCUCUGUCUCACGGAACUCCCGACAAGAGUACACAAUGAUUCUGCGACCGACUACGAGGAGGAUUGGCUACUGCUUCCUCUUCUUUCUUUUCGCGACUUAUAUCCAGCAGUCGUCUGCCUCGUUAGGGGACCACCUCCCUGACUUUAGAUCGUGUGUCAAGAUAUGCCAAAGUGAAAACUGUCAAGAUGGGGACUCCGCAAUACCGUUCCUUCUACGCCUAAUGCUCUGGUCAUGUCCCGCGGAAUGCGACUAUACUUGUCAACAUGUCGUGACAGAUAGACGAGUUGCGCGCGAUCCACCGAUGCUUAGCCCUGUGGUUCAGUUUCAUGGGAAAUGGCCAUUUCGAAGAGUCCUUGGGAUGCAAGAGUUGUUUUCGGUUAUCUUCUCGGGACUCAAUUUCCUUGCACAUUGGCAUGGAAUGUCUCGAUUGCGUGAAACGACUCCCUCAUGGCACCCUUUACAAAAAUACUACAUCGCGUUUGGAUACAGCGGCUUGGCGGCAUGGACUUUCAGCAUGAUCUUUCACGCCCGAGACUUCCCCCUGACUGAGAAGUUAGACUACUAUGGGGCCGGCGCCAGCGUACUGUAUGGGUUAUACCUCGCUACUCUACGAAUCUUCCGCUUGGACUUGGAGGAACCGAGACACAAGCCGACGCUGCGACGGCUUUGGACGGCGAUAUGCGUCUUACUCUACGCCAUACAUGUCUGCUAUCUCAGCUUCUGGUCAUGGGACUACACGUACAAUAUGAUUGCGAACAUCGUUGUUGGCAUGAUCCAGAACACGCUGUGGAUCGGUUUUAGCGUUGUCCGAUACCAAAAGACUGGGAAGUCCUGGACACUUUGGCCAGCGUUUAUUGUGGUUUGGAUUAUCCUAGCCAUGAGCCUCGAACUCCUAGACUUCCCGCCGUGGCAUGCCCUGAUCGAUGCCCAUAGCCUGUGGCAUUUGGGAACCGUUAUCCCAUGUGCUUGGUGGUACCUGUGAGUUUAUUCCGUUCAAGGUAGAUGGCUCGGAGCGAGACGUGCUAAUCACCCUGGCAGGUAUCUCAUUAAAGAUAUCCAAGAUGACAUGGCUGGAGAAAGGUUGAAAGCUUAAAAUAGCUGGAUAAGUCAC